UAAAACCAAACAAUUAUAUCACUCCCCGCGUCCACCUGCUUACUUCUCUUCUUCCUUCAACAUCAAAAGAAUAUCUCCUCCUCUUACUAUAUAUCCUCAACUCAAGAAGCUGAAGUCUGCUUUUGAGUCCUCUUCUGUCGUUCUCUGAGAUAUUCCAACCUUUUUAUCAUCUUAUAAAUAAUAUACCCCUCUACGACGAACUCGCUUCCCACCACCACUAUGCCUGUCGCCGAGGGUGCCCCGCGUACGUUGUACGAUAAGGUCUUCCAGGACCAUAUUGUUGAUGAGAGACUCGAUGGCACAAUCCUCCUCUAUAUUGACAGACAUUUAGUCCACGAAGUCACCUCACCUCAAGCUUUUGAGGGAUUAGAGAAGGCUGGCAGGAAAGUCCGAAGGCCGGACUGCACUUUGGCCACAACCGAUCACAAUGUCCCCACCACCUCCCGCAAGAACCUCAAGAACAUCGAGACCUUCGUCGAGGAGGAGGACUCAAGACUCCAAUGCAUGACGCUCGAGGAGAACGUCAAGAAAUUCGGCAUCACAUACUUCGGCCUCGCCGAUAAGCGCCAGGGCAUCGUUCACAUCAUCGGCCCCGAGCAAGGCUUCACCCUCCCCGGCACCACCGUCGUCUGCGGCGACUCCCACACCUCCACACAUGGCGCCUUUGGCGCCCUCGCCUUCGGCAUCGGCACGUCUGAGGUCGAGCACGUCCUCGCCACACAGACCAUCAUCACCAAGCGCUCCAAGAACAUGAGGAUACAAGUCGACGGCGAGCUCGCCCCCGGCGUGAGCUCCAAGGACGUCGUGUUGUACGCCAUCGGCAAGGUCGGCACCGCUGGCGGAACUGGCGCUGUUAUUGAGUUCUGCGGCUCUGUCAUCCGCGGCCUCAGCAUGGAGGCUCGUAUGUCCAUGUGCAACAUGUCCAUCGAGGCCGGUGCGCGCGCCGGCAUGGUCGCCCCCGACGAGAUCACCUUCGAGUACCUCAAGGGCCGCCCAUUGGCACCGAAACCCGGAACCGACGAGUGGGACCAGGCCAUCAAGUACUGGACCAGCCUCAAGACCGACGAGGGCGCCAAGUUUGACGUCGACGUCCGGAUCGAUGCCGCUGACAUCUCACCCACGAUCACCUGGGGAACCAGCCCCGAGGACGUCGUCCCCAUCACCGGUUCCGUCCCCGACCCCGAGACCUUCGCCUCGGAGACUAAGAAAGCCCAAGGCCGUCGCAUGCUCGAGUACAUGGGCCUCACCGCAGGCACCAAAAUGGAAGACAUCGAAGUCGACAAAGUCUUCAUCGGGUCCUGCACCAACUCCCGCAUCGAGGAUCUCCGCGUCGCCGCACAGGUAGUCAAGGGCCGCAGGGUCGCUCCAAACAUCAAGCGCGCCAUGGUCGUCCCCGGCUCGGGCCUCAUCAAAGACCAAGCCGAGGCCGAGGGUCUCGAUAAGAUCUUCCUCGACGCAGGCUUCGAGUUCCGCGAAGCAGGAUGCAGUAUGUGUCUCGGCAUGAACCCCGACAUCCUCUCCCCCCAAGAACGCUGCGCCUCGACCUCGAACCGCAAUUUCGAAGGCCGCCAAGGAGCAGGAGGCCGAACCCACCUCAUGUCCCCCGCCAUGGCCGCCGCGGCCGCCAUAUCCGGCAAGCUCGCCGACGUGCGCAAGUACGCCCGUCCACCCUCCCCCCUCCCGCUCGACACCCCUAAACUCGCCGCACACACCCCUGAGCCCCCCUCGGGCAAGGCACACAUCGACGAGCGCGUCUUGACCGACGACGAGGAGAAAGAGGCUAUUGGGGAUCAACCCCAGGACAGCGGGCCGCAGGUAAACACCACAUCCCCCGGCUCUGCCGCAGCGGGCUUUCCCAAAUUCACAACACACCGCGGCAUCGCUGCCCCGAUGGAGUUGGCGAAUAUCGACACCGACGCCAUUAUCCCCAAACAGUUCCUCAAGACCAUCAAGCGCACCGGCCUCGGCAGCGCCUUGUUCUACGCAUGGCGCUACCUCUCCGCCGGCGUCGAGAACCCAGAAUUCGUGCUCAACAAGCAGCCGUACCGCGAUGCUAAGAUUUUGGUGGUUACUGGGGAGAACUUCGGGUGUGGAUCUAGCAGAGAACAUGCGCCGUGGGCGUUGCUCGAUUUCGGGAUUAAAUGCGUGAUCGCCCCCUCCUUCGCGGAUAUCUUCUUCAACAACACCUUCAAGAACGGUAUGCUCCCCAUCGCCAUCUCGAACCCCGCCGACCUCUCCGCCAUCGCUGCUGAGGCGCGCGCGGGGCGCGAGAUCGAGGUCGAUUUACCCGCCCAGGAGAUUAAGAAUGAGAAGGGUGAGAAGAUCUGCAGUUUCGAUGUUGAGGAGUUCAGGAAACACUGCUUGGUGGAGGGGUUGGAUGAUAUAGGACUUACGAUGAUGAUGGAUGAGCGCAUUUCGGCGUUUGAGAAGAAGAUGACCGAGCAGACGCCGUGGUUGGAUGGACGCGGGUAUCUUAAGAGGGGCGGGAAGGUGGUGGGUGCUGUGAAGGUGCCGACGACUAAUAGGGGGGAGGUGUUGAAGGAGCCUUUGGAGUGGUAAACUUCUCCAGGAGGGAGGUGGAGUUGUGCUUGUUGCUGAAGCGUUGAAGAAGGAGGAGGGGCUGGGGGUGUUGCUUAUUGCUAGGAAGCUUGUUGCUCGAAAUGGAAGGGGGUGGGAA